CUCUCCUCCCUGACUGCUUCCCACGGGCCGUCCAUUUGAUGUUUCGCCAGGAAGGCAGUGGCGGAGUGCUGCUGGUGCACAGGGAACACGGCAUGUCCCGGUACACGGACUGGCUGUACGGGGGCGUGGACCCCAAGCUGGAGGGAAACGGGGGUCCUGAAUGCGCCUCUUUCUUGCCUGCCCAUCAGAGGCUGCUGGAGAGCGCGGUCAUGCUGGUCGUGUCGCUGCUGGAGAUCGGGUUGUCCCUGCGGAAGAUCCUCCGGUGCAAGCAGGGAGAUGGGGGGCUCGCCGUACAAAGUGCCAGGCCAGACAGUGUGGGCAAGAACCUGCUCCUCGUGGCCCUCUGCCUCACCUUUGGGGUCGAGGUCGGAUUUAAAUUUGCCACUAGGACUGUUAUCUACCUUCUGAACCCCUGCCAUGUGGUCACCAUGCUGCAGAUCUUCCUCCUGGCCUGUCCACCCUGCAAACUGGCUACAGUAGUGUUCAGGUUACAGAUGCAUAUGCUGAAUGGCGCUCUUCUUGCACUGCUGUUCCCUGUGCUGAAUACACGACUGCUCCCCUUCGAGGUUGAGGUGUACUACAUUCAGCACAUCAUGCUAUAUGUUGUUCCCAUCUAUUUGCUGCGGCAAGGAGGUGUUUACUCACCAGAACCUCUGUCUAAUUUCUGGUGGGCCAUAUUGGCUACAGGACUCAUGUUUUUCUACCACUUCAGCCUGCUGCAGAUUCUUGGCUUGAUCACUGAGGUCAAUCUGAAUAACAUGUUAUGCCCAGCCGUGUCUGACCCUUUCUAUGGACCUUGGUAUCGUAUCUGGGCUUCGGGGCAUCAAACUAUCAUGACCAUGAUCCAUGGAAAACUUAUCGUCUUCCUCUUUUCCUCCGGCCUUCCAGGCUGCCGGUUCCUUAUGGAUUUUAUACGCUUGCCAGGGAAAAAAGUGGACUGAGCGAUGAGGAGUUUUUAUUUUAUCCGGCCCUUAAACGACCUACAUGCCAGAUGUUUAGGUUCUCUUUUGUGUAAAGUUAAACAGUGUUAAUAUCUUCCAUUGGCAUAAAACAAGUGACCUUAGAGGAAAAGGCCAAUUUACCA